AUGGUAGAAUGGCUGUCUAUCACGACUUCGGACAUGGUAGCCCAAGGCUUCUGCGUUGGGUUUCUGUCCGCUGCAGUUGCUGCAACAACCACACAGCAGGACUUUGAGCACUACGCUGCGAAUGCCAUUCGUAUAGCGACAUGUAUCGGACUUAUCAUAGAUGCAGAAGAUGCCUCUCAUGCCUCGGCGGACCGCGUGACUGCUAUCUCUGUGCGCUGUCAGUCCCAUUCACACCGGGCGAUCCUUGAGAGCACCCUAGAUCUGCUUCCUGGAGCAUAUAUCUCAUGCAUUACCGACGACUGCACGCUUACUGUCACUCUUCCACGUCGACAUAUGGGGCACUUGACGGAUCGCCUAGGCGAGAAUCGCAUCCCUAUGACGAUGACCGGCCUCAAUGGCUCCUAUCACCAUCCCAAGCAUACAAACGCUGCCCAGCAACUGAAGGAAAUAUGUGCCCAAAUUCCCGACCUGCAAUUGCCAAUUGCCAAUGAUCUGCGUCUGCCACUCCGUUCAACUUCAGAUACAGAGCUCAUUGUGACGGGGCCCUUGCACGACGUCGCUAUCGACCUCAUUCUUUGCAAGCGUGCGCACUGGUACCAGACCAUCAAGCGAAUGGUUGAUGAGAAUCGUCCACAAGAUCCUCACUUCAUUGCUGUCGGCUCCAAAUCUUGUAUCCCACGGUCCCUUACCGUUGCCAAGUCAAACACGGGCCUUUUUGAGGAAAUCGCCGUGGUUGGGAUGGCCUGUCGUUUCCCACAAGGGGAGUCACUGGAGGAUUUUUGGAGACUUAUCAGUACUGGAGAAACGGCGAUUGGAACUCUACCUCCCAGUCGCUUUGAUCCUACAGAUCUACAGAGAAAGCCUAAGCUGCCUGAGUUUUGGGGCAACUUCUUGUCUAAUCCUGACGUCUUUGAUCAUCGCUUCUUUGGAAUCUCCGGUAGAGAGGCAAAGUCAAUGGACCCACAGCAAAGACUAGCGCUGCAGGUCGCUUAUGAAGCAGUAGAAAUGGCUGGAUACUAUGGUAUUGGGUCGAAGAGCAGGCGCCAGGAGACCAAUGUGGGGUGCUAUCUUGGGGUUGGGUCGGUUGAUUACGAGGGAAACUUGGGCUCUGCUGACGCAACUGCUUUUUCAGCCACUGGAACUCUAAGGGCUUUUAUCAGUGGGCGUAUUAGCCAUUUCUUCGGAUGGGGUGGCCCUUCGAUUACAUUCGACACUGCUUGUUCGUCGUCAGCUGUGGCCAUACACACUGCAUGCAAGGCUCUCCUGACUGGCGAAUGUGACAUGGCUCUCGCUGGUGGAGUGAACGUUAUCACAAGCCCAAGCCUACACCAGAAUCUCGCCGCCGCUUCCUUCCUCAAUCCCAGUGGAUCAUCCUGCGCCUUUGAUGCUUCUGCUGCUGGCUACUGCCGAGGGGAGGGAGCGGGAAUCGUCGUGCUCAAGCCACUGUCCAAAGCUAUCGCAGCUGGAGACAAUAUCCUCAGUGUAAUUUCUGGAUCUGCUGUCAAUCAAGGCUCUUCUUGCGGCUCUAUAACUGUUCCGGACUCGCACCAACAGAGCGCCUUGUAUAUUCAAGCUUUGUCCUUGGGUAGCAUUGACCCCACGGACGUGAGUUAUGUUGAAGCUCAUGGCACAGGCACGCAGAUUGGUGAUCCAAUCGAGUACGAUAGCGUCAGGUUGGCCCUCACGGGGGCCGGUCGAAAGAGUAAGGUCUUUCUAGGGUCGGUGAAAGACAAUAUUGGUCACGCCGAGGCGGCCUCUGGUGCUGCAGGGAUUAUUAAAACCAUCCUCAUGAUGCAUCACAAAACGAUUCCCCGACAGGCCAACUUUGUCAACUUGAACCCGAAGAUCAAGCGUUCGGAGCAGAUUGAGGUGCCACAGCAGGCACAGCCUUGGACCUCGCCGCAUAUUGUGGCUUUGGUGAACAACUAUGGCGCAGCUGGUAGCAACGCCGCCAUUGUUCUGAGGGCAUAUACAGCCCCUGGCAAUAAAAAAAAAGCUGUGGAUGGUUUGUUGACGAUCUAUCCCAUUGUCGUCGCAGCCAACUCUGCCUCGAGCCUUAAAAUGUACCUGGAGAAGCUCACGAAUUUCGUUUUGAAAUCCCCCAGUAUUUCCCUGAGGGACGUUGCAAAUUCUCUACUGCGACAACAGAACCCCAACUUCAAUUACAGAGCAUCAUUCGUUGCACGAGACACUUCAGACUUUAGAAGAUAUAUUGAAAAUCAGGAUUCAGACAUCACGCGCUCUGGAAACCAGCCUGUGGUGCUGGCUUUUGGGGGGCAAACAGGGCGUACCGUUACCAUGUCGCGAGAACUAUAUGACAGCUGCGCACUCCUUCGCUACCAUUUGGAUAAAUGCGAAGCUGUCUGUCAGUACCUUGGGCUUCCCGGGAUUCUAAACAACAUCUUCGCCGGCGAACCAGUUGAUGACAUUGUCCUGCUCCACUGCAUGCUCCUGGCGAUGCAAGUUUCUUGUGCUUUAUCCUGGCUUGACGCUGGUCUCAAAAUAGACACACUGGUUGGUCAUAGCUUUGGCCAACUAGCUGCGUUAUGCGUCGCGGAAUCUAUUUCCUUGAAGGACGCGUUCCAGCUGGUUGCUGGUCGAGCAAGGUUGAUCCGUGACAAAUGGGGCCCGGAUCGCGGAGCUAUGCUCAUGAUAGAGUGCGAUGUAGUUGAGCUGAACAGGAUCCUUACACAGGUCAACUCAAGUCCCGGGCAUCGGGUUGAGGUGGCCUGCUAUAACGGCCCACGAAACUUAGUGCUUGCGGGCGAUGCGUCCUCUGUAGAUCGCCUGCAGCAAGAAUGCAGCCAGUUCAAAACAGUACCACUCCAGAACACACACGCAUACCAUUCCCAUAUGGCGGAUGGAAUUCUGAACGAUCUUAGGGUCAUUGCUGCGUCAAUCACGAUCCGACCACCCAGAAUAUACGUUGAGACCUGUUCCCCCGACGCAAGCUGGACCACUUUCACAGCCGAUGAGCUUGUACAGCACACGAGACAGCCCGUUUACUUCCAAGAUGCCGUCGAGCGCACCGCCAUGCGCUUGCCCUCGGCUGUGUGGCUGGAAGCCGGAUCGGCAACUCCCAUCAUUGGCUUGGUUCGCCGCAUUCUGUCUCCAUCCAGCGCGCCUCAUGUAUUUAUCCCGAUGGAGUUAGGAACUAGCGAUGCAAGGGAGUCCCUGGCGAGCGCGGUGUGCCAGCUGUGGAAGUCUGGUGCUGCAGCUGAGUUCUGGCCAUUCCACGAGGAUAAACCUUCGCUGCCGUGUGUCAAUCUUCCACCCUACCAGUUCGAGCAAACCCGGCAUUGGAUUGACUACAAGCCUUCCCCAUGUUCCUCUCAGCCAUCGCAGUUGCAAUCCAGCUUGGUAACUCUCAUAAAUCCCGCAGAUGCAGACGGAACAUGCUUGUUCAGUGUUGACACCUCGAAUCCCAUCUUUGACCUUGCAACCAGAGGCCACGCUGUCGUUGGCCAGGGCCUCUGUCCUGCCUCAAUGUAUAUCGAACUUGCUAUUCAGAGCGCGGUGUUAUUGCACAAGAACCUGGACACUAUACAGUCCUCCCCUCACAUCGAAGGUCUAACCAUAUCCUCCCCCCUUGGCCUAGAGGCGGAUCUGUACCUCCGCUUGGCAAUUGUAAGACCCGGCUCCUGGGACUUCAGGAUCUUCAGCAAGUCCUUGGAUCAGAAGGAACACGGCACGGGCCGUGUCACGAUGUCUGGUCCCAAUGAUAUGGCUGCGGGGUUACGUUUAAAACUACUUCAGAAGAUCGCGCCACCCUCGAGUCUGACUCGGAUCAUCGAUUGUCCCGACAGAACAACCAUCGGUGGCAGUAUUUUAUAUCAGCUAUUCCAGGAUGUUGUUCACUACGCCCCCUACUACCGCGGAGUAAAAUCAGUGUCAGCCAUGGGCAAUGAGGCCGUUGGAUUCAUCGAUGUCCCCCAGGAGUUCCCGACGUUCCUCGAUAAGAUGACCAUUUGCCAUCCUAUCGAUUUGGAUAACUUUCUUCAAGUGGCUGGUAUCCAUGUCAACUGCCUCUCUUUGCGUCGGGAUGAUGAGGUUUUCAUGUGCACUGCCGUGGAUGAAGUCAUAUUCGGCCCGUGCUUCCGCGGUCCCAAGGUCGACCGGCGCGAGUGGACGGCUUACACUCACUACGAAACAGUUGACGGUGGGGGUUUGACCAAUAAUAUCUUCGUUUAUGAUGCCAAAUUGUCUCUUGUUGCUGUCAUCGUGGGAGCCUCGUUUCGCAGUGUCCCAUUCAAGUCUCUGGCCCGUGCCCUUACACGGCUAAAUCAACCUGUGUCGGAUGGCAUUGACCAUGGUGAGGAUGAUAUAAAAUCCCAGCCGGACUCGGCGUAUCAGCCUCCUUCUCUUGCAUAUCAAACGCCAGUACACCCUGCCGUCCAAAACAAGACUUCAACCGUGGAACGUUUCCAAACAGCCAGCACUACCACCACCCUCCAAAAGCUCAGGGGUCUAUUGGCCAGCAUCAUAGAGAUCUCAUUAGAUGAUGUACAACCCUCGUCCAAUAUCCAAUUCCUCGGGAUUGACUCCUUGCUAGUUAGCGAAGUUCUAUGGGAAAUCCAAAAGUCGUUCGACAUACGCAUCUCCCAGGCCCAAUUCCAACAGUGUGCCGAUGUCCUUUCGCUGUCGCAGCUAAUUCAGCCGUCUAGCUUUCCGUCACCUGUAAUACUGACAAACGGCCUCCCCAGGCCCCCUUUGACAUUAACCCCGGAUGAAGUUACACCAGUCGAGUUAGACAUCAAACUUGCUGUGCUGAGCCAGAAGUGCUUCUCCGAGGUGAAGCCCUACUACGACAGUCACGCCAGCGCGACGGGCUUUGCAGGUUUCUAUCAACAGGUACUUCCUGAUCAAUCCCAGCUUGUUGUUCGGUACAUCCUGGACGCCUUUGCAACUUUGGGAUGUGAUCUCGAGGCGAUGGCAGUGGGAUGUGAUGUUUCGAUCAUACCGCACAUUGAGAGCCAAGGAAAGGUCGUUCCUCAAUUGUACAGGAUUCUGGAAGACGCGAGGCUCAUUUAUCGGGCCAAAGAUGGCCGAAUGCAGCGCUCGGAGACCCCUGUCCCAACAAAGCCAGCGGCCGGUCUGCAUGCCAUCCUCCUUGACAAAUUCCCCAAGCACGCCUCUGAAACAAAACUGCUUUGCAUAACGGGGAGCCAACUGGCUGACUGUCUGUCUGGUGCAUCGGAUCCCAUCUCUCUGAUCUUCCGGGACGCAUCCACCCGUGGCUUGCUUGAAGACGUGUACACGAACGCCCCCAUGUUCAAAACGGGCACUCUCCUGCUGGCCCAGUAUCUUGCAUCCAUUGUAUCGCGCUUGGGGAACGGUCAAGAAAUCCGGAUUCUGGAGCUUGGGGCUGGGACUGGCGGCACAACGAAGGGCAUUGUUAGUGCUCUUGCUCCAUUAGGUAGUUUCACAUAUACGUUCACUGACAUCUCAUCUUCACUCGUGGCUGCGGCCCGUCAAAAGUUCACGCAGCCCUUUAUGCGCUUCGCCGUCUUGAACAUUGAGAAAGCCCCUGCAUCAGACAUGCUGGGAGCUUACGAUAUAGUGCUAUCCACGAAUUGUAUCCACGCCACCCGCGACCUAGUACAAUCCACGACACACAUUCGGCAGAUGCUGCAGCCUGACGGGGUUCUUUGCCUGGUGGAGCUCACGCGAAACCUCUUCUGGUUUGAUCUUGUAUUCGGCCUACUCGAGGGUUGGUGGUUAUUCAAUGAUGGCAGAGAACAUGUUCUGGCCGAUGAGUCGCGUUGGAAGAGGUGUCUGCGUGACGCUGGAUUUACCUGGGUUGAUUGGAGCGACAGCCCGUCCGGGGAGUCAGAUCUUGUACGGGUUAUCACGGCGUCGCCGUCAAAAAUUAUGGGGAAGGAGACGGUCGUCUUCAAACAAAUCGAUGGCUUAGGCCUGGAGGCAGAUCUACACUAUCCUGUUCGGGUGGCAUCUCCAAACAUGCCGCUCCCUGUAGCCCUGAUGAUACACGGUGGUGGCCACAUCAUGCUGUCCCGCAAUGAUAUCCGCCCUAGGCAGACACAGCUACUCCAGGAGAAGGGGUUUCUGCCGAUCGCCGUGGACUAUCGACUCUGUCCAGAGGUUACACUGGCCCAGGGCCCGAUGAAGGACGUCGUAGAUGCAUUGGCCUGGAUUCGAACAGUCUUGCCUACUAUCCAGUUACAGCGCGCCGAUGUCAAGAUCGACGGUCGCCGCGUUGUCAGCGUUGGCUGGUCAACUGGUGGCCAUUUGGCCGUAUCACUGGGGUGGAAUAGUAUACCACGAAAUAUCGAGCCUCCACAGGCCAUACUUGCCUUCUACUGCCCUCUUGACUAUGAAGACGUGUUUUGGCUACGCCCUAAUGUGCCAGUUGGAUCGGAAUGUACCCCCACACCAUAUGAACUGGAUCAAACUGCAUGGUCUGCUGUGCGAGAAAAGCCGAUCGCAAGCUACAAUGUCGCCCCAGCCGAGCGAGCCAUGGGGGGCUGGUUGUCUUCGACUGACCCGCGUAGUCGGUUGGCACUGUACAUGAACUGGCACGGCCGCUCGCUCCACGUCCUUCUCAAUGGCCUGUAUCCUACUCAGCGAGAGGAACCAAAUGCCCCCACCGAGGAAGCGAUUAGGGCUGUCAGUCCGUUUGCGCAAAUUCGCAGCGGUGCAUACUCAACUCCUACAUUCAUCAUCCACUCACGAGACGACGACCUGAUCCCAUGGCAGCAUGCGCAACGUACGUAUGAAGCGCUCCAGAGACGGGGUAUCGACAGCCAGUUAUGCAUUGUGGAGGAUGCGCCACACCUAUUCGACAUCUAUCGCCAAUAUCAGGAGCGUGCAGAUAUACAGGAUGCCAUCCAGGAGGGAUACAAAUUUCUUCGCGCGCGCGUUUAG